CAAGUAUAUUACAAGAAAGCAUAAAGACAGGCGCACGGACAUUGAGUGUGUUUCCGACAGUUCCUGAUCACCUUUCAGUUAGUGUACUCUUCCGCCUACCACGGGAAUCAUGGAGAGCGUUCACACUUUGGGUUGGACUUUGUUAGCUGUGUUGUUGUUGACCUGCUGCGGACCUCAACGACAGUGUCAGGCGGCACCGAAGCCCGGCGAGGGGCUCACCCCCUUUGGGUUCCUUAUGGCCAAGCCAUUUGGUCAACCGUCCGACCACGCGGUCAUGCGACAUAUUUCGUUUAAGCCCAACGAUGGCGCCAAGUUCAGAGAGUCGUUUGAAAAGAAACACGGCCCAAGAGGUCGCGACUUGAUUGACAGUCUGGGAACAGGAUCAUACAAAACAAACACCCAAAAGACAGAAUCGGGUAUUACUACUUCCGGGAAUUCUACAGCUAUUUCAAUAAAACAUAUUUCACCACAAAAUAUUACGAAGUGAUAGUUAUGUAUACUUGUAAAAGUAUUUAUGGUUCAAUAUCGCGGACCCAAUAUUUUCCAACGCGUUGUUCUGAUCAUUUAAGUAUGACAGUGGACUUUAUUCUAUAACAGCUUAAACACCGAUUUUAAUAUCGACGUGUGCUAAAGACAGAUGGGAUGCCUUAGAAAAGAAUCCUACUUUAUAGUUGGUUAAAAAUGUUUUAUUAUGUAUUUUUAUGGUAUUCAUUGUACAUAUAUUUUUAGUGUAAUUUAGUUAUAUAUUUAUAAUCUACAUAAUAUAAGCACUGAAUAUUUAAUAAUUAAAACAAAAUUGUAUUUCCUUUAACAA